ACAUGCUUGGCUACCUAUGUAAUAAUCCACCAACGUUACUUGUUCUUUCUUCCCUUCUCUUUCUUUCUCUCCGAAGGCCUCCAUCCUUCGUCGUCUUAGCUACGACCCUGCCGCUCAUUUGGCCUCACUACUCUCCUGACAGCAGGCGUAGUAGACUGCCACAAUGCUCUACUUGACGUCCGAUGACUUUCCAAUCUUCGUACCAUUCGGAGUCAUCGGCUUCUACCGCUAUCUGUGGUACUUGAUUCGUAUCAUUGCCUCCGUCACCUACCGCCCCGUUCCUCUCCCCGAGAAUCCCACUUAUGUGGCUUCAGAAGAUGUCACUAUCAUCGUACCCACCAUCGACGCUGGUGAAGAAUUCAAGGAAGCAGCCAACAGUUGGCUUGCUGGCAAACCGAAAGAGAUCAUCAUCAUCACCGAAGAAAAAAUGCUCAUUCCUCUCCAAGAACUUGCCAACGCCGUUGACCCGGAGCGUAUUCGCGUCCUCACCGUUCCUUUCGCGAAUAAGCGGUUGCAGAUGGCACACGGUAUUAGGAAUACCACGACAGACAUCAUUGUCUUUGCAGACGACGAUGCUAUUUGGCCACCAACGCUUUUGCCAUAUGUGCUCGCAUGUUUCGAAGACCAGAAGGUUGGAGGUGUGGGUACGAGUCAACGUGUCCAACCAGUGGGCAAACGCAUGACUGUUUGGGAGGUCCUCGCGGCAUUCCGUCUGACGAUUCGUAACAUCGAGAUUAGCUCCAGCACACAUAUCGAUGGUGGUCUUCCAUGUCUUUCGGGCCGUACAGCUGCCUACCGAACAGUCAUCCUCAAAGACCCAGAGUUCCUGCACGGUUUCACGCACGACUACUGGCUGGGCAAGUACCAGCUCAACUCGGGCGAUGACAAAUUCUUGACGAGGUGGAUGGUGAGCCAUGGAUGGAGUACUUAUGUUCAGUGUUGCAAAGAGGCAGAGUUGUUGAGUACGAUGAAGCCGAACUGGAGAUUCUUGAAACAAGUGUUACGAUGGACCCGAAAUACCUGGAGAAGUGAUUUGAGGUCAUUAUUCAUGGAACGGUAUAUUUGGACUACACAUCCAUAUGUCGCUUAUACUAUGGUCGACAAGCUCUUCAACCCCUUUACGCUGUUAGUGGGGCCCUGCCUCGUCGGUUAUCUUGUUUGGAAAAGUACCAUUGCUGUUAUAGACGGAGGAUACCAUCUACCUUGGUGGAAUAUUAUCCUCUCAUACAUGGUUUGGCUUAUGGCAACUCGUACCGCCAAGCUCCUCCCGCAUCUCUGGCACACGCCCAGCCACAUCAUCUAUGUCCCUGCGUUCAUCCUCUUCGGUUACUAUUUCGCGAUUAUGAAACUGUAUGCCCUCUUCACGCUCCAUGAGACUGGAUGGGGAACUCGUGCAGGCAUUGGCGACCCGACGAAAGCAACGGCUGCCACGGACGGUGGGGGUGUCGGCGUCAAUGUAGUACAAGAAAAGGCCUAUUCUGAUCCGUCUAAUCCGUCGACGCCGUGCUCAAGCCAUCAGUUAUUGUAUCAACAACAACCAGGACAGACGCAAACUGCUUAUUCCCCAUAAGCAGUAUUCGGUGGGCAGGAUGCAGACGGGCAUCAAUAGUCAUGAAUGCUAUGAGAUCAUGAUGCAUGGAUACUUGCAGCACAGACAUUUUCAUAUACCGGCCCGACCACUGUAAAGGCGUCACAUUAUGGUAGAUUCGCUUUUUCGAGUAGUGAACCUCAUUGCAUCCCACCCUCGUAUUCCCCGCAAACGAUGACGCGACUAACGUAUAUCAUAACUGCGA